ACAAAAUUAUUUUGAGAAUUUAAAGUUAACUUUAUAAAUGUAGAUACUAUAUGACAUAUGGAACAACAAUGGGAAUCUAAAAGCAGAAGUAAUGGAAAAAGCCGUUUAUUACUCGUUGAUUUCAAAACAUUCUCAUAGUUAAGAUAUUCAUCUUUCGUUUAUUGCACUCAAAUUUACAGUGUCAAGUGUCAACCUUAUAGAAAUGAUUCAUCUUUAAACAUCACUUGUUACAAUUUUUUCCUCUUCCUCUAACUCUGCUUCGUCUUUCACUCUGGUAUUUUCUCGAACACCUCGUAUGCAACAGAGAUUAAAACAGAUAGCUUAUGCCAAGUAAAGUUUUUCCGAGAGGAAGAUGGAGAGAAAACCAUUCCUAACGAGAAGAGAUUCCGUCGUCACAUGGUGGGAAGAAGAGAACCAUUACAGCAACAUUAUUAUGAAAAAUCAUCCUCCUGAUCCUCAAGAUUCCAAAGUCUCCGCCGGCGAUAAUGGCUGCCGCAUCUAAAAGAGAUGACGGCGGUGGAUGACUAGGGAUGGAAGUGGUCAUAAUAUGAUCGUGAGAAUAAUGUUGAUCCAAUGGUUAAAAAUAUUGUUUGAGAGUUGAAGAAAUUGAAGCACCCUUCAAAAAAGUACCAAGCUUGAUCUGAAGUUCACAAAACAAGGCCAAGGAACAAGGAAUUAGCCACACUAAACUAAUGGACUACCUCUUUGGAUUUGCGUCAUCCCUUUCAAGAGAUUUGGCGUGCGGUUUAUUAGGUGAAUUAAGUUAUCCCUGCUGCUUCAACAAUUUUGUUCAAGAUGUUUCAAAAGAAGAAGGUAACUUGGCUGUAACAAGAGAUAGUGUCCAAGAACGUGUUACACGAGCCAAGAAGCAAACUAGAAAGACAGCUGAGAUUGUUGAGAAGUGGCUGAAGGAUGCUAACGUUGUCAUAGGCAAUGUUGAUCAAUUACUACAAAUGGCAAAAAUGGAAAAGAAGUCUUGUCUUGGGUACUGUCCAAAUUGGAUUUGGCGAUACCGUGUAGGCAGGAAGUUAUCAAAGAAAAAAAAGGAGCUUAAAUUGUGCAUUGAAGAAGGGAGACAAUAUAUACAGAUUGAAUGGCCUGUUUCACUUUCAGCAGGCUUUUUUUCUUCGGAAAAAUGCUGGGAGUUUGAUAGUAGAAAACCUGCUUAUGAGGAACUUACGUGUGCUUUUGAAGAUGAUGAAGUUACUAUGAUUGGAUUAUAUGGGAUGGGGGGUUGUGGCAAAACAAUGCUUGCAAUGGAAGUAGGCAAGAGAUGUGGUCAUCUUUUUGAUCAAGUGCUUUUUGUGCCUGUGUCUAGUACUGUGGAAGUGGAAAGGAUCCAAGAAAAAAUUGCAGGCUCUCUUGAAUUUGAAUUCCAAGAAAAAGACGAAAUGGACAGAUCACAACGCUUAUGCAUGAGGUUAACACAGGAAGAUAAGGUGCUUGUGAUUCUAGAUGAUGUGUGGCAAAUGUUAGAUUUUGAUGCCAUUGGGAUUCCUUCCGGUGAACAUCAUAAAGGUUGCAAGGUUCUCAUUACCAGUAGAUCUGAAGCAGUUUGUACUUUGACGGAUUGCCAGAAAAAAAUUCCCCUAUCAACACUAACCAACGAUGAAACGUGGGAUCUUUUCCAAAAGCAAUCACUCAUAACCGAAGGAACUUGGAAUACUAUAAAGAAUUUGGCUAAAGAAAUCUCAAAUGAAUGUAAAGGCUUGCCUGUUGCCACAGUAGCCGUGGCUAGCAGCUUGAAAGGCAAGGCUGAGGUGGAAUGGAAGGUCACAUUGGAUAGAUUGAGAAGUUCGAAGCCUGUUAAUAUUGAAAAAGGUUUGCAAAACCCAUACAAGUGCUUGCAGUUAAGCUAUGAUAAUUUGGACAAUGAAGAGGCCAAGUCACUUUUCUUGUUGUGUUCUGUGUUUCCUGAAGAUUGUGAGAUUCCUGUGGAGUUUUUAACUAGGUCUGCAAUAGGGCUAGGCAUAGUUGGAGAAGUUCGCUCAUAUGAAGGGGCUAGGGAUGAAGUGAGUGCGGCUAAAAAUAAGCUUAUAAGUUCUUGUUUGUUGCUAAAUGUUGAUGAAGGAAAAUGUGUUAAAAUGCAUGACUUAGUUCGCAAUGUAGCCCAUUGGAUUGCAGAGAAUAAGAUUAAGUGUGCCUCGGAAAAGGAUAUUAUGACUUUGGAACACACUCCAUUAAGAUAUCUGUGGUGUGAUAAAUUUCCAAUUAAUUUGGAUUGUUCCAAUCUCGACUUUCUACACAUUCACACAGAUACACAAGUAUCAGAUGAAUUUUUCAAAGGAAUGAGAAUGCUCAGAGUUUUGUUUCUUUACAACAAGGGUCGGGAGAGAAGGCCAUUGUCGACUAUGUCAUUAAAAUCAUUGACAAAUCUCCGUUGCAUGCUUUUGAGUAAAUGGGAUUUAGUUGACAUCUCAUUUGUGGGAGAUAUGAAGAAACUUGAAAGUCUUACAUUGUGUGAUUGUUCAUUCCUUGAAUUACCUGAUGUGGUUACACAAUUGACAAACUUGAGAUUGUUGGAUUUGUCAGAAUGUGAUAUGAAAAUGAAUCCGUUUGAAGUGAUUGGGAGACACACGCAGCUUGAAGAACUGUACUUUGCUGACCAUAGAUCAAAAUGGGAAGUUGAAUUCUUAGAAAAGUUUAGUGUCCGCCAAGCGUUACAGAGGUAUCAAAUACAAUUAGGAAGCAUGUUUUCCGGUUUCCAAGAAGAGUUUCUCAAUCGUCACAGAACUUUGUUUCUCAGUUAUUUGAAUACAUCUAAUGGCACAAUCAAGGAUUUGGCCGAAAAGGCAGAGGUCUUGUGUAUAGCAGGUAUCGAGGGAGGUGAUAAAAAUAUUAUCCCCGACAUAUUUCAAAAUAUGAACCAUAUAACUGAGCUUUUGAUACGCGAUUCUAAUGGGAUAGAGUGUUUGGUUGACAUUUGUCUGAUGGAGGUAGGAACUCUCUUCUGCAAGUUGCAUUGGCUAAGAAUUGAGCAUAUGGAGCAUUUUAAAGCUUUAUACAAUGGUCGAAUGCCUCUUGGUGGUCAUUUUGGGAAUUUAGAAGACCUAUAUAUAAGUCAUUGUCCAAAGCUAACAUGUCUCUUCACACUUGCAGUUGCUCAAAAUCUGGCACAACUGGAGAAGUUACAAGUAUUAUCUUGCCCUGCACUUAAGCACAUACUAAUCGAUGAUGAUAGAGAGGAGAUAGUUAGUGCAUACGAUCACAGACUACUGUUGUUUCCAAAAUUGAAAAAGCUUCAUGUUAGAGAGUGUGAUGUGCUGGAAUACAUAAUCCCAAUCACUUUAGCUCAAGGCCUUGUACAUUUGGAGUGUUUGGAAAUUGUAUGUAAUAUUAUGUUGAAAUAUGUAUUUGGCCUGAGCACACACAAAGAUGGUCAGAAUCAAAAUGAACUCAAGAUAAUCGAGCUUUUGGCAUUGGAAGAGCUUACUCUUGUUAUGUUGCCGAAUAUCAAUAGCAUUUGUCCGGAAGAUUGUUAUCUAAUGUGGCCAAACUUGCUUCAAUUCAAUUUGCAAAACUGUGGAGAGUUUUUCAUGGUGUCUAUCAAUACUUGCAUGGCUUUACACAACGAUCCGAUAAUCAAUGAAGCUUCAAAUCAAACUGUGCAAAAUAUAAAAGAAGUUCGAGUCAAUAACUGUGAAUUAGAAGGUAUCUUUCAGCUAGUAGGAUUAUCCACUGAUGGAGAAAAAGAUCCACCGACGUCAUGCUUGGAAAUGUUGUAUUUGGAUAAUCUACCUCAGCUCAGGUAUCUCUGUAGGAGUGAUGUAGAAUCAACAAACCUCCAAUUCCAAAAUCUUCAACAAAUGGAGAUAUGUGGAUGUAGAAGAUUAAAAUGUAUCUUCUCAUCCUGUAUGGCAGGAGGGCUCCCUCAAUUGAAAGCGCUAAAGAUAGAAAACUGCAAUCAGCUAGAUCGAAUCGUUGAUGAUAUUGGCACCGCAACUCCCUUAGGAUUAUUUGGUCUCCCCGGCCUUAUAAGGUUUACACUAAUAUCGUGUCCCAUGCUGGGUUCGUUGUUCACAGCAUCCACUGCUAAAACCUUGUCUUCAUUGGAAGAAUUGACGAUACAAGAUUGCCAUGGUUUAAAGCAACUGGUAACAUAUGGAAGGGCUCAGAAAAAUAGAAGGGGCGAAAUAGUUGAGGAUGAUCAUCACGACUUUCAGAGUUAUAAGUCAAUGUUCCAAAGUUUGAAAAAGAUUAGUAUUAUGAGAUGUCAUUUGCUGAAAUGUAUAUUGCCUGUUACAUUUGCAAGAGGACUGGUGAAAUUGGAAGCUAUAGAAAUCACAGACACUCCUGAGUUGAGAUAUGUAUUUGGUCAUUCCUCCCAUCAAUAUCCAAGCAGGUUCCAAAUUGAGCUUCCUGUUUUAGAAAAAGUUGCACUCUACAAUAUACCAAAUAUGAACGCCAUUUGUCCAGAAAACUACCAUGCAACAUGCUCAUCUUUGCAAAUUCUUGUAAUGAAUGAUGUUGGUCUAUCAAUGAAUAAUUGGAUAGCUGAUUCAGAUCUUAGUUCUAAAACAGAUGAAGGAGAAACAAGCAUGAGUAUUGAGAGGAAGUUGAUAUCUGUUACUGUAGAGAACGGAUCCGAAAUUGAAGGCAUUUUUCAAAUGAAGGGAUUCCCUAAUGAGAAUGGACAACAAGUAAUGUCCUGGUUAGAAGACCUUAAAUUGGUCAAUUUGCCAGAGCUAAUGUACAUAUGGAUGGGUGCCAAACAUUUUGUGAGCCUUCAACAUCUUCACAAAAUACACAUUUGCAAUUGUCCAAAACUAAAAUCUAUAUUCUCCAUUGCUGUUUUGAGAGUCCUACCUCUGUUGAAGAUCCUAUUGGUAGAACAGUGUGAGGAAUUGGAGCAAAUCAUUGAAGACGAAGAAGAAAAUGAAAAUGUCCCAAAUCCUUUAGUGUGCUUCCCACAGCUAAAGUUUCUUCUUGUCACACACUGCAAUAAGUUGAAGCAUUUGUUUUAUAUCCCUACAUCCCACGAGUUUCCACAACUGGAAUAUCUAACCCUCAAUCAAGAUUCUAGUCUAGUUCAUGUUUUCAAAGUUAAUCCUGGUGUGAGAGAAGGGAGAGUGGAAGUGUUGCUUCCAAAACUGAAACAGGUAAUGUUAAUACAACUGCCAAACCUCAAUAAUAUAUGUCAAGGGAUUGUUGAGUUUCAGACUCUGACCAGUCUUUUGGUGCACAAUUGCCCGAAAUUCUCACUAACUUCAACGACUACUAUGGAGGACAUGCUACAAAUCUAUGAUUGUGACAGCGAAAUUGGUUUCUAUCUCCGUCCGCACUUGCACGACAUAGGUUGUACAAUAACAAAUGGUCAUGAGUUCCUGACAUCAAAGAACAAAAACCAGGAGAUACAAGAAUUACAAUCACAUGAGCAGAAACUGUCGCCCAUUUCUUCACCAAACUCGACCGAGAGGGUUACUGAAGACGGAACAGCAUUAAAGAAUACAGAGAUAGUACCUUCGUCAAUUCAUUCUGAAUCUGAUAGCUCACAUUCAAGCCCACUACCUACCUCUCAAUGUAGUCCACAUCCUCGAUAUGAAAUCAGCUUCAGCCAAACUGAGACUUACAUUAAUGAAGAAAACAAUGGCCAUCCUAUAAGCAUAGGAGGAGACAUGGUGGCCAAUGAUCUCAAACAUGUGGAAGAAGAUGAUGAAGGCCAAAUAACCACACCUUUUGUUUAUGAAGUUAUAACAACUGAUAACUUAGUUGCAAAGGCUCUUUCUGACCUGGAAGACUCUUUAAGCAUACCUCUGAAGGACAUAGCUAGCUCAGAGACUAACAGCCUUCGCCUUCUAACGGCUCUCAACUUCUUGUCCCACCUUUCCUUAAAAGAUAUAGCUCUAUCAGACGAACUCCGAGCUAUAAUAGAGACUAUGCACACAGAAUUCCCAACCAUCAUAUGCUCCUUCAAGCAAGCCUUUAUUACCAUAGACAAAUUUGCUGCGAUUGAAGCUCAUCACGACGAGGCGGCCGUUACUCUCUCUUCCAAAAUUUCCAAUGCAAAAAGUUUUUUGGAUGAAGCUCAACAGAGGGAAGCUGCUUUAAAGGAAAAGAUCAUUCAAUUGGAGAAAGAAAUAGAAUAUCUUCAAGAGGAAAAGGAGAAAUGCAUUCAAGAAACUGUAGGCUAUAAAAUGGAGUUGGAGAAUGUAAAGAAAGACAAGUAUCAACAUGUGGAAGUUCAAAUAAAAGCACGACAGCAAAUAUUUGAGGUUGAUUAUAAAUGGUCUGCUCUACUUAGUCAGUUUCAGUACAACAACACUGUUGCAAGAAAUUUUUCUUGAUUGUUAUUGCUUUUUAAAUGGUCAUUGUUAAGUUUAUAGGCUAAAUGAAUGUCAUUUGUUUCAAUAAAUUGAAGAGAUUCAAUAUUCUAAAGUAAUUGACACACUAUAUAGUACACAUAGGGAUUUACCCUAUAGUUUAUAGUUUAUUGCUGUUCUUCUGAGUCAGAAAAAUGUAUUUACAUUGGAAUUACGAACUAAUCAAUUACAAUAUUAUUUUUAAUC